UUGGCUGACUCCUAUCCAUUUUAUUAGCAUCCAAACAAAACAAAACCAGUGUAAACUACGCAGAGUCAUCCUGCUCUUCUUCAUUUCUUCUAAUGAUUCAAAGAUUUGUCCGUACUGAUCGCCGGAUUCUCACAUUCCCGGCUGUUCAUCCUUGCGAGGGCAUUUCUCCGGGGACCCUUUUGUCAUCUUUAAUCGAACUCUCCCAAAAGAUAUGCAAUUAUCAGUCCAAUUUCUUUGCCACCCAGCGGAGGAAUGCCCGCGAAGCCAUUCGUCAAAUUGGAAUUCUUCUCAUAUUCUUCGAGGAAAUCAGGGAUCGCCGAUUGGUUCUCUCGGACUCGGCAGUUCUUUGCUUCUCUGAGCUCCACCUCACCUUUCAAAAAAUCCAGUUCUUGUUCGAAGACUGUACACGUGAAGGUGCCAGGCUAUGUAUUCUAAUGAAGUCAAAGUUUAUCGCCACUCAGUUUCGUGUGUUAAUUCGAGCAAUUGCCACUGCUCUUGAUGUUCUGCCAUUGAAUCGGAUAGAUGUGGGCGGUGAAGUGAAGGAAUUAGUUGAGUUAGUAUCAAGGCAAGCACGCAAGGCGAAAUUCGAGCUGGACCCUGAAGACGAAUGCGCCUCAAAACAAGUUCUUUUCAUAUUGAACUACUUAGAGAAGGGAAUUGAGCCUCAAUUGAGCUUUUUGAAGCGGGUUCUUGACUAUCUCGAGAUUAGAAACUGGAGUGAUUGUGCCAAGGAAGUCAAGUUCUUGGAAGAAGAGAUUGGCUUUCAAUGCUCAGACUGUGAUGAGAGAGAGGUUCCAUUCCUGAGCAGCUUGUUGGGUUUGAUGAGCUACUCCAGAGCAGUAAUUUUCGAAACAUUGGAUUAUCGAAACAAUGACCAAAUUGAUGUGAGAUGCAACAUGGAGACGCUCAGUUGCUUAAAUCCUGAAGAUUUUCGAUGCCCAAUUUCGCUUGAGCUAAUGCUUGAUCCAGUAACUGUAUCAACCGGGCAGACUUACGAUCGAUCUUCGAUUGAAAAAUGGUUCAAAGCUGGAAAUAUGAUUUGUCCCAAAACAGGGGAGAGGCUGAAAAACACAGAGCUAGUCCCCAACACCACUUUUAGAAAGUUCAUCCAACAGUUCUGCAGCGACAAUGGCAUUUCUCUGUCUAAAUCAGGAAGCAGAAGUCGUGAUAUAACGAGAACUAUUGUUCCUGGCAGCCCUGCAGCAGCAGAAGCUAUGAAAUUCCUUUCAAGGUUUCUUGCAAGGAGGCUGGUUUUUGGGUCAGGUGAACAGAAAAACAAGGCUGCUUAUGAGAUUCGGUUGCUUGCAAAAUGGAACAUAUUUAAUCGAUCUUGUUUGAUUGAAGCAGGCACAAUCCUACCUCUCAUAAACCUUUUGUCUUCUUCAGAUAGGUCUGCGCAAGAGAAUGCUGUUGGAGCUCUAUUAAAGCUCUCAAAGCAUACCAGUGGCAAGAAGGUCGUAAUUGAUAGUGGUGGAUUGAAACCAAUUGUUGCAGUCCUUAAGAGAGGAUUGAGUUUUGAAGCGAAGCAAAUAGCAGCGGCAACAAUUUUUUACCUUGCUUCGGAGAAGGGAUACAGAAAAUUAAUAGGAGAAUUAACUGAAGCAAUUCCAGCACUUGUGGAGCUGAUCAAGGGAAGGCCAACUAGUGGCAAAAAGAAUGCAGUGGCUGCCAUUUUUGCAUUGCUUCAAUACCCAGGGAACCACCAGAAAGUAGUUGCAUCUGGUACUGUUCCGUUGCUAAUUGAAAUUCUAUGCUUGUCGGAUAAGGAUGGACUUGUAGCAGAUUCACUGGCAGUUGUUGCAGCACUGGCUGAGAAUGUUGAUGGGGCAGUAGCAAUCCUGCGAACUUCAGCUUUAUCAAUAAUAACUAGGAAUUUGCAAUCCUUAACAUCUAGAGCUGGGAAGGAGUAUUGUGUUUCGAUCUUGUUAUGUUUGUGUAAACAUGGAGGAGUAGAAGUGGUGGAGGGUUUAGCAAAGGAUCCUGCUCUUAUGAGUGCACUGUAUUCAAUUGUAACAGAUGGCACGUCUCAGGCCAGCAGUAAAGCUAGGUCCCUGAUAAAAAUUCUACUUAAAUUCCGAGAAACAAGCUCUUCAGGAUCGAUAGGUUCAGCUCCAUGUGAACGACCAGUUCAUGUGAGGUAAUUAUUUGUUGUAGAUUUGAUUCGAUUUCUUUCUGUAAAUACAUUCCAGGGUUAGCUCGGUAUUUUGAGAGUUAAUUGCCAUGUCAUACAAUUACAGAUAUUGAUUGAUCAGUCAGGUACCGUUAUUAUACGUUUGUACUUCGAUUCUUUUUGUGGUACCUAGUGUACAAUUAAUAAAAUGACGUGAGAUUCGUUUUGUUCU